AUGGUGGUUUCAAAUAAUAGAAAAAGAACUCAUUCUCAUUCUGGUAUGGAAAAGGAUGAAACAUUUGAUGAAUUAUUGAAGCCAGUCUAUAAGGGAAAGAAAUUAACCGACGAAAUCAACACUGCAGAGGAUAAAUGGAAUCUAUUACCUGCAUUUUUAAAGGUUAAAGGUUUAGUGAAACAACAUUUAGAUUCAUUCAAUUAUUUCGUAGAUGUGGACCUUAAAAAAAUUAUUAAAGCUAAUGAACUGAUUCUCUCUGAUGUUGAUCCUGAAUUCUAUUUGAAAUAUGUAGAUAUUAGAGUCGGGAAGAGGUCAACUUCUUCCACUAGAGAUUAUUUGACUCCUCCUCAUGAGUGUAGAUUAAGAGAUAUGACCUAUUCAGCCCCUAUCUAUGUUGAUAUAGAAUAUACUAGGGGCAGAAACAUUAUCAUGCACAAAGAUGUAGAGAUUGGUAAGAUGCCAAUUAUGUUAAGAUCAAAUAAAUGUAUUCUUAAUGGUGCUGAUGAACGUACAAUGGCUAAAUUAAAUGAAUGUCCAUUGGAUCCAGGUGGUUAUUUUAUUGUCAAUGGUACUGAAAAAGUUAUCUUAGUUCAAGAACAGUUGUCAAAGAACCGUAUUAUUGUGGAGGCAGAUGAGAAGAAGGGAAUUGUUCAAGCCUCAGUCACUUCUUCUACACAUGAAAGAAAGUCAAAGACUUAUGUGGUGACUAAGAAUGGAAAAAUUUAUUUGAAACACAACUCUAUCUCUGAAGAACUUCCAAUUGUCAUUGUCUUAAAGGCGUGUGGUGUUGUUUCUGACUUAGAAAUUAUGCAAUUGGUCUGUGGUAACGAUAGUAGUUAUCAAGAUAUUUUUGCUAUUAAUUUCGAAGAAGCUUCUAAAUAUAAUAUUUAUACCCAACAGCAAGCUUUAGAAUAUAUUGGUACUAAAGUGAAAACUAUUAGAAGACAAAAAUUGACUGUAUUACAGGAAGGUAUAGAAGCUAUUGCUACUACAGUUGUGGCACAUUUGACUGUGGAGGCAUUAGAUUUUAGGGAGAAGGCCUUGUAUAUGGUAAUGAUGACACGUAGAGUUGUUAUGGCCAUUCACAACCCUAAAAUGGUGGAUGAUAGAGAUUAUGUCGGUAAUAAGCGUUUGGAAUUGGCUGGUCAACUGAUUUCAUUACUAUUUGAAGAUUUAUUUAAGAAAUUUAACACAGAUUUUAAAGCAAGUAUUGAUAAAGUAUUGAAAAAACCAAAUAGAGCUAUGGAAUAUGAUGCCCUGUUAUCUAUUAAUGUUCACUCCAAUAACAUCACAAGUGGGCUAAAUAGAGCUAUCUCCACAGGUAAUUGGUCCUUAAAGAGAUUCAAGAUGGAAAGAGCAGGUGUCACUCACGUUUUAUCCAGAUUGUCGUAUAUUUCAGCUUUAGGUAUGAUGACAAGAAUUUCUUCUCAAUUCGAAAAAUCCAGAAAAGUUUCUGGUCCAAGAGCUUUGCAGCCUUCUCAGUUUGGUAUGCUUUGUACAGCAGAUACACCAGAAGGUGAAGCCUGUGGUUUGGUGAAAAAUUUGGCUUUAAUGACGCACAUUACAACAGAUGAUGAAGAAGAGCCGAUAAAAAAACUUUGUUACGUCUUAGGUGUAGAAGAUAUUACUUUAAUAGAUAGUGCAUCUUUACAUUUACAUUACGGUGUUUACUUGAAUGGUACCUUAAUUGGUACAACUAGAUUCCCCACAAAAUUUGUUUAUCAAUUCAGAAAUUUGAGAAGAACCGGUAAAAUAUCUGCAUUUAUUUCUGUCUACACUCAUGCUGAUCAAAAGGCUGUUCAUAUUGCCACUGAUGGUGGUAGAAUUUGUAGACCAUUAAUCAUUGUAACUGAUGGUAAAUCCCAAGUGACAGCUGAUCAUUUAAGAAAAUUAAAGAAUGGUGAAUUAAACUUUGAUGAUUUCUUAAGAUUAGGUUGUGUUGAAUAUCUUGAUGUAAAUGAAGAAAAUGAUUCCUUCAUAGCUCUAUAUGAAAAGGAUAUACAGCCAGCUAUCACCCACUUAGAAAUUGAGCCAUUCACUAUCUUAGGUGCUGUUGCCGGUUUGAUUCCUUACCCACACCACAAUCAAUCUCCUCGUAACACAUAUCAAUGUGCGAUGGGUAAGCAGGCUAUUGGUGCUAUAGCAUAUAAUCAGUUUAAAAGAAUUGAUACAUUGUUAUAUUUAAUGAUUUAUCCACAACAACCAAUGGUGAAAAGUAAAACUAUUGAACUAAUUAACUAUGAUAAGUUACCUGCUGGACAAAAUGCAACAGUUGCCGUUAUGUCAUAUUCUGGUUAUGAUAUCGAAGAUGCUUUAGUUUUAAAUAAGGCAUCAAUUGAUAGAGGUUUUGGCCGUUGUGAAACUCGUAGAAAGACGACAACUGUGUUGAAAAGAUAUCCAAAUCAUACACAAGAUAUUAUUGGUGGUAUGAGAGUUGAUGAAAAUGGAAAACCAAUAUGGCAACACCAAGCUUUAGGCCCUGAUGGUUUAGGUGAAGUAGGUAUGAAGAUUGAUAGCGGUCAAAUUUAUAUCAACAAGUCUGUACCAACAAACUCUUCAGAACCAUUUUCAGGUUCCUCAGAUACACAAUAUAGAGAAACUCCAAUUAUUUAUAGAGCACCAGAACCAUCUCAUAUCGAUCAAGUUAUGAUGUCUGUUUCUGAUAAUGAUCAAGCUUUGAUUAAAGUGUUGUUGAGACAAAAUAGAAGACCAGAAUUAGGUGACAAAUUCUCAUCCAGACAUGGUCAAAAAGGUGUUUGUGGUAUUAUUGUAAAACAAGAAGAUAUGCCUUUCAAUGAUCAAGGUAUAUGCCCAGAUAUCAUUAUGAAUCCUCAUGGUUUCCCAUCUCGUAUGACAGUUGGAAAGAUGAUUGAACUGGUAUCUGGUAAAGCCGGUGUUUUGAAUGGUACAUUAGAAUACGGUACAUGUUUUGGAGGUUCUAAACUUGCAGACAUGUCUAAGAUCCUUAUUGAGCAAGGGUUUAAUUAUUCUGGUAAAGAUAUGUUAUAUUCUGGUAUUACUGGGGAAUGUUUACAGGCAUAUAUUUUCUUUGGUCCUAUUUAUUAUCAAAAAUUGAAGCAUAUGGUUUUAGAUAAGAUGCAUGCAAGAGCAAGAGGUCCAAGAGCAGUGUUAACUCGUCAACCAACAGAAGGUAGAUCAAGAGAUGGUGGUUUAAGAUUGGGUGAAAUGGAAAGAGAUUGUGUUAUUGCUUAUGGUGCCUCUCAAUUAUUGUUAGAAAGAUUGAUGAUUAGUUCUGACGCAUUUGAAGUUGAUGUUUGCAAUAAGUGUGGUUUAAUGGGUUAUAGUGGUUGGUGUACUACAUGUAAGAGUGCAGAAAAUGUAAUGAAGAUGACCAUACCAUAUGCUGCUAAAUUAUUGUUCCAAGAACUGUUAUCUAUGAAUAUUGCUCCAAGAUUAAGACUGGAAAACAUUUUUGAAGAAUAG